GUCAUGUCAUCUCCAGAGAUCAAGGCUCGUGACUUCUCGUUUCAUAUAAAGUAAAGCUGGCACGUUGGCGUUGACGCCUGGACGAUGCGCCCCUCCAACGGCACAGACCACGUGUCGGGAGCGGUGCCUCUCUCCGUGAGCUUCGACAGCGCCGCGGAUUACUUCAUCUUCACCUUCCAGGUUUUAUUCGCCACCACCACGGUUCUUGUGGCGGGGACGGUGGUCGUCGGCAUCUUAUGCAGCCGAGCGCUGCGCCUCCAGAACAGGUUCAUUUUCAUGUCCAACACCAGCAUUUGUGACACGCUGAUCGGCUUCUCCGUGUAUUAUCUGGGCCUGUUUGACGUCCAGGAGGGAUACCCGUCGAGGAACGGCACCUACAACGUGCUGCCCACACUCCUGGGGGUCAACAUCAUUACGUUUCUGUUUGCACAGUUAGACCGGUACUUUGCUGUGUGUCAUCCGUUCAUCUACAGCCGCUUCGUGACGCGGCGGGUCGUGAUCUGCGUUAACGUCGGCUGCUGGCUUUACAACUUCGCCCACGUGCUCGCCAGGAACCUGCUGCCACUCGGCAAAGCGGUGCAGAUGUACGCGCUCAGCAUAGUGCUCUUUCAGUUCAUCGUGCUCGCCAAUGUCGCCAUGACCGUUAAAUUGUACGUCGUUGCCCGAUUCCAAGUGGAGAGGGAGCCUCCGAGCGCCGAGAAAGACGGCAAAAAGGAAUCGCUGAGGAUCAUCAUCUUUGUUGUGAUGAGCUUUUUGUUGCUGUGGUUCCCCUCGUUUGUGAACAUCGUCCUCAGACUGACCGCAGGUCAAGGCCUGACGUUUCGAAACGAGGCCACGAACCUGUUCGCCAUCAUGGCCCGUUUCAACGCGGUGUGCACGCCCUCUGCUUACAUGUGGGGGAGUCCGGCUCUGCGGGAGGCGGCGCUGAGGACAGUGUGGGGCCGACUGUGUCCGCGGUGCAAGAGGAGAGUCGGCUCCAGCCACAGGAAGGAAGACAGGGCUACCGUCUUCUACAGGAAAUAACUAGGAACUAAGGAAUCCGACAUCCAAAGUGGAAAUUAAACCUGAUAUGUCACUAAUAUCAUAUUAGAACCAUAAUAUAAGGCUGUAAAUAAUGAAAGUGAUGUUGUGUCUUUGUGCAUUGGGCGUAAACAUCAUAAUUAUAAGUACAAUCCCGCAGAUUCAGUCUAAAAGCUCUAAAGCUCACAAUCCAAAUGAUUCUCUGGUUCAAAUACGGUAUGUCUGUGUGAUGCCUGGGCCCAAAAGGAACGGACUGUUCACAGACAAGUAAACCAUGCGCGUUCCUAUAAUAAAAACAGCCAACAGCUCCAUCUGGUGGUGCAUAAUACUUAUGCCUGACCACCAAAACAUAAGCAGUUCCACCCUUCACGUUUGUGGCAUUUGUUUGCUUUGCCAAUGUGUGAAAAAAACAAACAUUAAAUUGCAGUUCCUUUUUAAAGGCGACCAGUGUUUAGUAAAAGUUAUAUUGUGAUGUCUGGUAAGUUCAGUUCAGAGUGGCUUCAUCCAAGUUAAUUUGUUACCAAGUGUUGCAAAAUUCUAAGUCAUGGAAGACUGAUAAAACAAAUAUAAAGUAAACUAUGUGUUUGGGCCUAAAUGGGCAACUUGAUGCAGAGGUCAUAAUAGAAUAGCAGAAACUAAUAAACUUUCCAAAGUAAAAAAAAAGGUAUUUUCCUAAAGAUGACCUAAACCUGUUCCUUUUUUGCAGACUAGUGUCUGACUUUUUCCUCCAACUUUUUUUGUAGUAUGGUUUUUAUAGCAAAGCUCUCAAACCAAGAACAUAAAACGGAUGUAGAUAUAGAACAGAUAUAGCUCAGAAGACCAAUAAAUGACUAAAAAAAUUUAAUUUUUAAUUUAUUUACAAUAAAAAACAUUUCCAAGCCAAAAUGUCAUGCAAAAACAUGGAUCAAACCUGCACUUUAGUGAAGUAAGCACUAGUUUAUUGCCGAUAGUGGUUUGUGCUAGAACUUGUAGUA